ACUUUAUUAGCGUCUGCUAUGGGACGAACUGAUACCGCAAAACAAACAAAAACCCAUUUUUUACGAAGACCCCACGCAUCUUGGUUUAUUAAAUUAGCUCACUCUUCCCCCUCUACAUUUGUUGAAUACCAUGUUUUUAUUAUUCGGAAAAUCAAGUAAAACGUCUAAGGUCUCUGACAUGGUAAAGUCAGUAAAAAACGCGCUGUCUUCAUUUGAAAAAAACACAACAAGCAAUAAGCCCAGCGAGGAAAUAGCCAAAAGUUUAGUAUUGAUGAAAAAUGUAUUUUAUGGUGAUGGAUCUACUGCAGGACCCAAUUCAGAGCAGAUCACUCAACUAUCUAACGAAAUCUGCAGCAACGACAUCCUUUCCGGCCUCAUUACCUAUAUGACAAAGCUAGAUUUUGAAGCAAAAAAGGACCUGGCGACGGUCUUUAGCGUAUUAUUGAGAAGACAGGUGGAUAGCAGAUAUCCAACUGUAGAGUAUUUGGAAAAAAAUACGUCUAUAUUAGAAAUGUUGUUAAAUGGAUACAAUGUACCAGAUAUCGCUCUGAACUGCGGGACUAUGCUUCGCGAAUGCAUCCGGUUUAAAAUUCUCGCCAAGUUAUUGUUGUACUCUGAAAAUUUUUACAAUAUUUUUAGGGUCCUUGACUGCCAUAAUUUUGAUAUAGCGUCAGACGCCUUCGCUACUUUUAAAGACCUCCUCACCAUCCACAAGCCGGUUGUUGCGGAAUUUUUAGAGAUUUACUAUGAAAGAGUGUUCGAAGAAUACACGAAUUUAUUGCAUUGCGAAAACUAUGUUACAAAAAGACAAUCCUUGAAGCUUCUUGGUGAAUUGUUGUUAGAUCGUUCUAACUUCAACGUUAUGAAAGUAUAUAUCUCUCACGCAUCUAAUUUGAAAUUGAUGAUGACACUACUCCGAGACAAGUCUAAGUUGAUUCAAUUUGAAGCUUUUCAUGUGUUCAAGAUCUUUAUUGCCAAUCCAAACAAAGCACGUCCUAUUGUUGAUAUCCUGCAAAAAAACAAGGAAAGACUAAUUGGCUUUUUGUCGAAGUUUCACAAUGAUAGAGAUGAUCGGCAGUUUAUUGAAGAGAAGGCUUACCUCAUAAAGCAGAUUGAAGCUAUGUAGAGAGAGACGCGUACAAAUGCAAGAUGAAAGACAUCUGUAUUUGUAUUUAUACAUAAAUUAUAUAUAGUUUAAAACCCAUCA